GAUCUCAAGGUGGUCAAGAAUGGUAAGAAACCACAGUCUGCAGAAAAUUGGCUCCAAUGCAGAGAGGAGGAUAGAAAUGGUGAUAUAUGCGGAAAGUGGCGUAGGGCUCCUCGCUCAGAGGUACAGACCAACAAGUGGGAAUGCUUCUGCUCCGUCUUUUGGGAUCCAUUGCAUGCUGAUUGUGCCGUCCCUCAGGAACUGGAAACAGAUGAGAUUAUGCAACAACUCAAGUACAUCAACAUGCUUAGACCGCGUUCAGACGCCAAAACACGAAAGAUAGGACCAAAGGGGCGAAGCGGAUCACAAAAAUGAAAAUAUUGAUGGACGCAAGCUUAGCCAACAUCAAUUGCAUAUGCUUUUGCAUCAGA